GUUUGAGCUAGUCGUGUACGUUGGAAAAGAGAGACAGAUGUAAAUUGCACAUAGAUACAGACCAGCCUGCACUUCGUAAGAUUUGGAGUGUAGCAAAAGGUGGGAUAAUAGACGAUUGCUGUCCUUGAAGUGGGGGAAGACUUACGAUCUCGGAGAUGAACGCUUUGGUGUUCCUGACACGAACGUAAAUGCACAUUUAUGAGCAAAAAGUGACAGGCUGGCGAAGGCGAAGAAAGAAGUGGAACGUUCCCGGAGAGCUGCCCAGGAGCGCGUGGAGGAGAUGUCUCUGUGGAUGAUCUUGCCCGUCAGCCUUCCCGCCCUUACCAUCACUGGAAUAUGGGUCGUGUAUGCCAUGGCCCUCUACAACCAGCAUGUGUGUCCUGUUGAUAACUGGAUGUAUAAUCAGUCAUGUGAGGAGGAUUUGUCCAUGCAGAGAGGACCAACUCUAUGCUGUACUCUGGACGAUGUCCCGCUCAUCAGUAAGUGUGGUACACUGCCUCCAGAGAGUUGUUUCUUUAGUCUUAUCUGCAGUACAGGAUCCUUCAUGGUGAUGGUGAUAGUUUUGCUGCGUUAUGCACAUGUGAUUGAGAAACACCAGAACUGUGUGUUGAACACGGCGAGCCUCUCUACUGGCUGGAUCUGCUCAGCGGGACUCAUCAUGGUGGGCAACUUCCAGGUGGAUAAUGCGAAGGUGCUGCACUACGUGGGGGCUGGCGUGGCCUUCCCCACUAGCAUGCUGUUUGUGUGUCUGCAGUGUGCACUCACCUACCGCCUGGCUAAGACGCAGGGCGAAUACAGCGUGGGCCACCUGCGACUCAGCAUGACCUUGCUGGCCUUUGUGGCACUGGUGCUCAGUGGGGUCUUUUUCGUCCAGGAGAGCUUUGUGCUGCAGCACGCCUCAGCUAUCUUUGAGUGGGUCUUUUGUGUCAUCAUCAUGCUGUUUUAUGGCACGUUCGCCUUCGAGUUUGCUGGCAUAUCCAGCGACACCAUGAUGGUGCUGGCAAGAGGAGGGGUGCUGGGAAGCACCAGCCGAGACCACAAGAUGGAGUCCCUCAGUGGCGCGAACUCACAUCAGUCGGAGGGCACGGCCAUGCUUUAGGGAGGCAUGAGGCAGACCUGCCCAGGUGCACUCGAUGUCCGUAUCGCUCUUAACACAAAUGCUUACAUGUACUCACACAUGUGUUAGGGAAGGUAUAGAGCAAGACACUAAGGACCAGCAGAGGAAAACCCAGAUGGAAAUGUGACCAUGGAUCUCCCACCCUGAGGUAAAGUUUGCCAAAGGACCCUGUUCACGUCUUGUACAUCGUUGAGAUACUAAAUCAACACCUCACUGGAACCUCCACCAUGUUGAACUCUGAAGAGCUGAAAUUAUAAUGUUAAGAGGCAGUGUUAUCUUGGACUACAUGGACUGUAUGUAGUGUGUGUGUGUGUGUGGGUGUGUGUGUGUGUGUGUGUUUUUAUAAUUGGUUUUGUGAGUACUUGUGUUUAUAGAAAAUGUAAGAUGCAGGCUGGGCUAAAGUCAAUAGCAAUCACACAUAUAAACACAUGCCAAGUGUUGAUAUGCCAGUUUACACAUAUUCAAGAAAUUUACUUUAAGACCAGAAAUAUUUAACCAGUGAAAAGAUUUGUUUUACCCAUUUGUAUUCAGCCAAAUCUGGUUAAGCUCAUUGCCUAUACCACCUCCUGUGCUCUCAUAGCAGAGAGGCCUGAGGUAGAUUUCUUUGCCUGUAUUAUGGCAUUUCAUCUUCAGUUCAGGGGGACUAUCAUUCAUUGCCAUUGUGCCUUAUGAAGAGGGGCUAAGAAACCCUGCAAAUGGACAUCAUUAUGAAUAAUCUAAUUAUGUCAGUUAUCAGAAUGUCAAGAAAAAAUGUCUAAGGCUCCAGUAUAUGUAAAGUGUGUUUUGUAUUAUACUAGAGAUGUUAUCAAAGAGAUGCCAGUGAGGCCAACAAAAACAUUCAUAUAUUGAUGUAUAUUUUGGCCUGUUGUUGGUUUCUUAUUGUAAAUGUGGUUUAAACUUUCUUGCUCUUCUCAGUGGCUGUGGACAGUACAGUGAGAGGGGAAGACUGACAUUUAUUGAGAAGUGGUUGUGUGUUUACAUCUUUGUGUGCAGCAAUUGGUCUGUACGCAAUUCACAAUUAGAGCAAAAUAUUCAUUUGAACUUGUCUGAUAAACACCAUCCUGAAUCUUGAGAUUCAGAGUCCUCUCCACAGUCCAGUCUGACAUUUUGGAAGUGUAUAAUUUCUGUGUAGAUGCAACGUUAGUCUCCAUGUCUGGAAAGCUUGGCCACUGGUCCACCUUGCUGUCUGCCCCUUGUGUUUUAAGUGAUUUGUUAUGUAGCUCAUGAAAGCAUGCUGGCUGUUUUGACUAAAAAAAAUAACAGAAAUAGUUUAUUAAAAAUAAACACCCUCCAUAAUGACACUCAAAUUGAGGAUGAAAAUUAUAAUGGAGCUCAAACAGCCCUCAUGUGACUGUUCGUACAUGCAGUGUUCUUUAUUUUCACAAAACUCAAUAUAUAUUUUUCACAACAUGGUAUUGCAGCGGGACUGCAAGAUUUUCAGUAAGGAGUUAUACAUUUCAUAAAAAAAUACUCUGCUAAGCUCUUAUGUUUCUUAUUCUUUUGUCUUGGCCAAUUUAAGUGACCUUAGGAAGUAAAAAAUGUUACAUUCUCUGGGUACAUUCAUACUGAAAACUGCAUAAUUUACCCAUCAUUUUAUUUUAAUUUCAGUCUUUAUUUUCUGCUUUUCUUGUUGCAGUCUGUAGUCUAAUGCUCAGGAAAUUCUGUUGACACCAGCCUGAAGUCAGUAAUGGUGUAUUAGUAGUUUAGCAAUGCCAGAACUAAACUGUAAAAAAAAUUAGAGAUUUUUGUUUGUUUCGGGGUGUGUUUUUGAUAGUUUUUACAUUGAAAGCUGACAAAUGCUUGAAGCAUAUUUGUUAUCAGAGGUAUUAUGCUUUAUUUGCAAAUGUUUAAAAAUGGUCUAUAUGUUUUCGGUGGCAGUUUACCUGUUUUGACUUCAGAGUUUGCAGUACCUCUAUGAUAUUGCUUAAGAUGGGUCUUCCCACCAAAGAGGAUUUGCAUUUACAGUGAUGACUUUGAUUCACAAUGAUGACAUUUCAUUCAACAAUGAUGACUUUUUUAGAAUGUGGCUGGCCAUUGGUUACUUGGUCCAGUUUCAGAGGUGUUGCCUAAACUCAGUCACAGGAAGGUUGCUGCCGAGCAAUGUGUGAUGAGCACUAAAAUACAGUGAUCUCAGCAGCAGUUACACAUGCAUAAAUACUUCUCUCACAGAACAGACUCUUCCACAGUCGGGUUAAGGAUCUUAUGCGAUGGCUAGAAAAAAGUACCGUCCUGUGCCUCUUUUUUUUUUUUUUUUUUUUUCACUUAAACCAAAGACUAAAAUGUUUCUUAUACAAAUUAAAAGAUGUGAUUGUAUAUUUGCCUUAAGAUGUAUUAAAAAUAAAG